CCUCGCGUCAAGAACAGGGGAGCGCGAUCCUUCUCCGGGAUUCCGAUUCAUCCAUCCACCGCCGGCGAGCAAGCGAGGUCAAGGGCGUUUCCCUUCCUCCGGUCAUCAUCUAUCCACCUCCGGCGACGCCAUUUCAACCAUCUGAUUCAUCCCUGAUCUUCUGCGAUUCUAAGAGAAAGAAGAAGAACGGAGAAGUGGAGCGAUUCGGUGGUUUGAGCCGAAUUCUCUUCCUCCUUCCAACCGGCGACCUUCUUCCUCGAAGCUCUGUUUAGUAUUUGCUUCGGACUUCUCUGAUUUCUGCAUCGAUUUCUAGUCCUAGCUGCAUUUCAUCUGAUUUGAUUGGUUAUUCACCACUUGUGUGCUGUGGACAUCUUCGUCCAAUCCAAUGAGUAUUUGGGAAUGCCCUAGCUCACUUCGGUUCAAUACUUUUCUCUUUAAUUUCUGCAUUUCUGUUUUCCAAUUUCCAGCUUCGUUUAUUGUCUCUUGGCUAUUUAGUUUCGUAGAUCUGAAUUGGUAAGGUUACACGAAGUUUAGAUCUGUUUCUUGUUGUCUUUGAUGCAUCUGAAUGUUUGUUAACUCUUUGAGUGGAGCUAUGAUUUGUUCUUGAGUUCAUUGUUUAGUUCAUAAAUGCAAGAAUCUGAAUUGUUUGCUUUGUUCUUGUCUUGUUCUUAUUUUGCUCUUGUUUAGUUUCUAAUUUGUUUGGAUCUGUUAAUGAUGAAAUUCACAGCAUAGUGUGACAAUAUGUUGUGGGUUCAUGAUUAAUAGAUAGAUAGAUAGGAUUUCUUCCAUUGCGUUAGAUUUAGUUUCAUACUUGUCUUGCUAUUUCAUUCCUUAAUCCAAGAAGUCAAUAAAACCCAAAACCCCAAGAAAAAUAACAAUUCAAUCCUAAAAUAUUAAGCAUUGGUUACAUUCGUUGGGAGACGACCCGAGUUAUCUCUAUGCUACAUUAGUGUAGAAUGGAUUCGGUCACUUAAUUCUUUUGAUACCCAUUUCACGACAAAAUCGGGCUUAUCAAAAUUGGCGCCGUUGCCGGGGAAUGUAGCGGUGUUUGAUACUUUAGGAUUGUUUCUUUUUCUUUUCACAUAAAAAUUUGAAAAAAAAAAAAAUUUGUUUCAAUUGCUUUCAUGUUCAUAUAUCCAUGUGUUUGAUCUUAUAUGCUCCUGUAUCUUCUGAUCUUAUCUGCUAGUGUUUCAGUAUAAGAACAGGAAUUUCUUUGGCCAUGGAUCCAUAUUGUCAGUACUAUCAGCCUCAGACUUGGUUCUAUCAAUCUGAACAUCAGUACUAUCCACCUGUGGAUUAUGCAAGUUUCAGGUACGAGGUUGCACAAGGACAAGUUGAUGAGUCAUAUCCAGCAUAUCAAAGCCCACAGGGAGUUCAAAAUGAUUAUAUAGCUAUGCGGAAAAAGAUUCGUGGUAUUCAACAAUUCGAGGAGGAGACAUUGCAUGAAUAUUGGAAAAGAUUCAAGGAACUUUGCUCCAGUUGUCCUCAACAUCAAAUCAGUGAUCAGUUGCUUGUCCUACAUUUUUAUGAUGGGCUUUCGCCGUUUGAUUUGUACAUGGUGGAUAAAGCUAGUGGGGGGCCCUUGAUUGACAAAACACUUGAUGAAGCUAUGAAACUUUUGGAAACCAUGGCAGCCAACCCUCAGCAAUUUAGAAAUGGACGACCAGUUACCAUAAGAGUUGAUGAGAUUAUUCCUACGGAUGUAGAGGUGCCUGAGCAGAGGAAUUGUAGUGUUUUUGACAGACCUGAUCUUGAUUUUAUUACUUCACAAGAUGCCUCUAAUAUUUCUUGUUAUGAUUCUGUAGUUGUAAGGAUUUCUAGCUCUACUGAUACUAUUUUUGUAGAUGUUGUUGAUGAUGCAGGUGCUGAAGUAGAUGAUGAUGUAAGUGUAGGGGAUUGCAUAGUGGAAGCAAUACCCCAAGAAUCACAUGAACUAGAUAUUGAUGAUGAGAGUGUAGGGACUUAUGCUGUGGAAGCAGAGCCCCAAGAAUCACUUCCCUUAGAUACACCACCUGAGCUAGAGUCUGAGCUAUUAUCUCAUGAUGAGGAGGUCAUAGUCACCAUUCUAGAACCUCCAGGUACCUUCCAACAUGACAAGGGAUGUCUACUUUCCAUCUUUAUAAGCUUCCGGAGUGGAUGCUUAAAUUGAACCGUCUUCAGCCUCCGGGGCAAAUUUUCAAGGAGCAUAUGGUGGGAGGAGAGGUCUUGACCUCAAUACACAAUAUUCCACUUCCAAAGUGGAUUUUGUACCUUAACCGACUCCAACCACCGGGAAGAACCAUUUCAAUACCGGCGUGGAUUCUAAUUCUUAAUCGUUUGCAACCGCCCGAAAUAAAGGGGAGUUUGUUCCUUGUUUUUAUUUUUGCUCUAUACUUUUCUUUAGUUUCAUACUUUGCAUUUUGCAUUUUACUUACAUACAUUGCAUUUUUGCUUAGUAUACAUAGCAUUUCAUUUUGAA